AUGUUUGCACCACUUCCAGCCCUGAGCUUCACGCCGCAACAGAUCGCACAGGUCUGCGAGACCUUGGAGGAGAGCGGAGACAUCGAGCGACUGGCCAGGUUUCUCUGGUCCUUGCCAGUUGCCCCUGGAACGUUAGAAGCUCUGAGCAAACAUGAGAGCGUGCUUCGAGCGCGAGCUAUUGUGGCAUUUAACAUGGGCAAUUUUCGGGAUUUGUACCAUAUACUGGAGACUCAUCGCUUCGGCAAAGACUCGCACGCCAAACUUCAAGCCAUGUGGUUGGAAGCUCACUACCAGGAGGCUGAGAGACUUCGAGGGAGACCCCUUGGGCCUGUCGAUAAGUAUCGAGUUCGUAAGAAGUUUCCACUUCCCAGGACAAUAUGGGACGGAGAACAGAAAACGCACUGCUUCAAAGAAAGGACCAGAAGUCUACUACGCGAAUGGUAUCUUCAAGAUCCGUAUCCAAACCCAACAAAAAAGCGUGAGCUGGCGCAGGCUACAGGCCUCACACCGACACAAGUCGGCAACUGGUUUAAAAAUAGACGGCAAAGGGAUCGUGCAGCAGCAGCCAAAAACAGGUAAAAACAAAUUUCACCUUACUCUGGCGCAGUCACAGCUUUGAGUUCGUUCCGUCUGGGUCAGUGGCCUUUGUUGAUGUUACUAGUGUACACAAACCUUAACGUGAAAAUCCUCUCGAGAAAUUUAUUUCCCCUUCCAAACGCUCGCAUCGGGGCACAUAUCAGCACGUUUGCAACGGAAAUGGGCAAAGGAUCGACAGGGUAAAUUGUAGCGUAGAAAAGACGAUUCGUGUUUGUUAUUGUGGGGGUUUCGAAGACGCAUUCUAGACUUCAACACUUCACGAGUCUAUUAAUUUGGUUUAGGUGGUUUGCAGCAAAACAGAUGCCGGAGUAAAACAGCGUUUAAUCCUGAAAUUUAUACCACACGGAUAAGUCUAUUGAUAUUCGGUCUCGGUGACAGAGUAUAUAUUUUAUGAAUGCAUGUGGUUAACAUACAAAUUGUUUCGAAGAGAUGCAUUUGUUUCAGUCCCUUUAUUUCAUAGCAGCUUAUUCUUUAAGUGAAUAAAAGCGCUCAAUUGCUUCGGAUCUGGCGCCAAAGCGUGUACAGUAACAGCAGUUUGCCGGUCGCAUGUGGUUGCUGUACAUAUGGUUUUUAUCCAUAUCAUCGACGGGCUAUAUACACUAGUCCUAAUGAAGGAAAUUGAUCGAGAUACCGUUUCCCCCUGAGAUCAUCCGGAGUUGUCAGAACAUCUCUUAAAUUCCACUCUACAAUCAUUUGUUUGCGCAAGAAAUAUUUGAUAAUUUUCUUAGGUACUUAGCUAGGAUUAUGAGGCGUCUUUGGUUAUUUGUUUACCUAAAUUUCAUCUAAUAACUAUUUGGAGGCAUUACGAAGGCGAGUGGCGGUUUGAGUUUUCUCUCUUCACGUGCGGGCGUAGUGCUGAUGGCUUGCCAGAAAUCAGUGUAAUCCUAUCUUUGUUAAGUUGUUUUUAAUCGUUGACAAGGAAAGAUACAAAAAAAUUAAAAAUUCGGCAAAGCAGCGGGAAAUGAAGCUCAAGAAAAUGUAAUCCCUUUAACGUACAAACAGUGAUAUUAGGUGUGAAGUGGGCCGUCCUCACAGCAGCCAACUUUUACAGGCGAUAACAAGCUUUCCCAUUUAGCGAGCAAGCAUUAAAAGUAAAUGACGUAGAAAGCUUCAAAUAUUAAUUAAACUCAUUUGCACGGUGCAGACGAACAGACGAAGCGGAUUGAGCGAUAUUUAAAACGUUGCCUUGCAAAUCCAAAUAUUAUCUAUAAACAGUAAGCGAGAGAAGAAAAACAUUUCCUUUUCCUACUAGACAUUCCUGGACACGAAGGAGAAGCAGCUCGAGUGUUUAUUUAUUCGUUGUUCCGUUUGGUUUCGAUUGCCCUGUGUGUUUGGGACGUAAUUAUUCUUGAAUGCAAUUUAAGGUUAUAGUAAUCUUUAAAUCGCACAGUAAGACCGUCUUGAGAACUAAUGAAGUAUUUAUUUGAAUGCAAUUUUAUUGAUAUGAGCAUCAAGACCCACAGAGUUCUUUCCUCUUAGAAAAGAGUCAAACUAACCCCAAACAACACGCGUUUGUGUACAAAUCUCCUGGAUUUUCCUUUGUCAGUUUCUCCAAGCAAUUCGGUUUACGUUUUCACGAACACAAUGUAAUCUGAUGGAGUGAUUACAGUUAGCUCUUAACAAAGAUCUUAGCUGGAUAUUCACUAUGGCCACGGUUAUUCUUCUUGGUGAAAUAGUUCAUGAAUACAAUUCAAAACCAUUCACACCUUGCACAGGAAAAGAGAACGGUGCAGUAAUGAGAGUCAUUAAUGCCAUUAGUCGGGCCGGCUAUCCACAAAUUUCACGCCCAAAUUCAUCAAACUUAACAAGAACAAAGUGGAAAAACUGUCUCUUUCAUUUAGUAAUGAACAGAAUCAAUUCUUUCAAUGGCGUUGUUAUUAUGUAACAUGCAAGAUCUAGCCUUUUCCUAUCCUGAAGGCUUAUUGCCUCUUUUUCAAGAGCACAAUUGACCUGGAAACAACUCGUCAAAGUGCUUUCUUGAAACUUUCCUUCUGGCUAUUUGAGGUUGGCUUUCGACAAACAGUGUAUGAAUAGCGAGCAUUUUAAGAGAAAAGGACUCAACAUCUAAUUUUUUUCAGUUAAGGACACUUCCAACAAUAUCAUUUAUGAAAACAACUGAAAAAUAACCGAUAAUGGGCUAACAAAUUUACAGUAUGAGUGUUUUAUUUGAUAAUGGAUGAGUGGGAGCGCUUGUACCAUAAAAUUAUACCAAAGGUAAAACCUUUGCCUUCUCGUAUUAACUGUUAUUCCUAUCAACAUCCUUGCGAUCAGUUAUAAAGUACAAUCUUCAAUUUUUUUCUUAAAUUUUGUUUUCGAACCCCAUGUAGCCCCGUAUUUACACCCUGAUUUCACAAUGGUGUCUCAUAAAAAGCAAUUUUGGUCAUUUACAGCUGUAACGAUUUAUUUUCUCUUAUUUUUGGAUGAUUAGUAAACUUCAGUGUCACCGUAUUAAAAAAGUGGAAGCGUUCAUUGUAGAAAACCGUUUCGGCCUCCAAAUGUCGUUAACGAUGAGAUUGUGACUCGUCUUUUCUAGAAUUAAAAACUCUACUUCGCUAGAAACUUACUGUUUGUGCAUUAACAUGUUCACAUUACGACUCCGUCUCCGACUCCUUCCAGUCUAAGUCACGGUUUGGAUCAUUUCUCAUUCUAACUUCAGUUGCAUCUGCGGACGAAAUCCUAUGGUGUGACCAUUAAAAUGAAAGCCACUGAGCAUUAUGCUGUAUAACUUUUGCAUCUGCGGACGAAAUCCUACGGUCUCACCAUUCAAAUGGGUCCCGCUUUGCAGAACCUUUGGAUGGCAAGUUAUUUAGAUCUUAGGAUUUUUACACUACCACGAUCGAAAAGGAUACACUGCUUAGGGUUAAACGCUCUUUAUUCUGUCAUUUACUGAGAGUACUAAAACAAACCAGUCCCCCUUACCAAACCAGAAUAAAUACGGUAAACGUUUUUAGAACACAUGCAUUGUAUAAUGUUAUAAUGCCAAAGCUCUGAGAUUCAGUCUCUUCCCGUCAACGAAGUAAUCAAACACGAUACACUGGUCUCUUUUUAAAAACAACACAAAUCAAAAACCUAUUCAACAGCACGCAUUAAGCAAACACACUGACGCACAGCCCGCAGUGUUUUUCCUGCAGGGGAACUAUCACACCUGACUUCUCUCAACUUUCAGCUCAAUGGAAACCUUUGUGAUUCACUGCCAAGCGUCAUGAACCCUCUAACGUUACGCUCUCCUAUUUUUCUUUUCACAGAAUGAACCUUAACCAACAGGGGCAACACAUAUCUCAAUGCAAGGCGGGCUAUUCGCCAGAGGGAAAAGCUAUGGAAGACUUUCGCGGGCUAAAAAAUUCACCAAUUUCUGAUUCAACAGAGGAUUUACACAAAGGGGAAUGAGAUUAGAGAAGAAACCAGGAAAUAAGGAUUUGAACAAUUGUAUUAACGAGCGAGAGAGAGACAGACGACUUCUGAGUAUCGAUCUCCAUGGUGAAUAUUUAAUUCGGCCGGAACUCUUGUGGCCGACCUGGUCUGAAGCGACGCGACUCUCGGUCAACACUUUUAUCUUUAAGAAACUCAAGUUCAAGAAACGAUUGAACAAAGUUCAUCUGGCAAACAUCAUAACGACGCAUCGAGAAUGAACUGCUCAGAAACGCUUUCACUUAUGUAACUGUGCCAAUUUCGCAGAAUUUUGUUCACCAACUCAAAAAACUAUUGCUUCCACACCAUUUUCAGUCCUAUAUAUAAUAAUUAUUCUGUGAGUAAGAGGAUUGUACAAAGCAAAACAGCAAAGAACUUUAAAAGCUAGAAAAAAGUUUAUUGGCAAAUUUUGAAUUGUUGUACAGAUUUAAGAAAAAAAAAUAUUGUUGUAAAUGUUCAAAUACUAUAUAAAUAUUAUUUGCGACCAGCGCAGUUCAUGUAGCAUAAAAUUUUCACAGUACAGGGCUACCCCGUUGGAUGGACUCAAGAACAAUUUUUAAAAAAUACAUUCAACACGACGUGGCCGACAUUUUAAGGUUUGAUGAUGCGACGUCGUUGCUUCGCUAUCAUGAGGUUACAAGACGAGGAACGAUAAAAUGAGAAUAAAGUUGUC